AAGUUGAGUUGUCGCACGAUGUAAAGUUUAUAAAAUAAUACAUUUUUUUAAUUAAAGUUCGUGUAAAUGAAAUAAGUAACGAUAUUAGACACUGAAGUGUUUUAAAUAUAGUAUUUUGUCACUAAAUUUUUUUACUUGGUGUUAUUAUCGUGCUAGGUUAGAACCGCUUGUCAAGUACACGUAUGCAGCUAUGUUGCUUGAAGAUCUGUUUUUGUGAUUUUUGAGUGAAAUGCCGUGAAACGAACCCGAAAAAAAUAAAGUAGAAACAAUGCUGCCCCUUACGCAAAAGGACACGCGGGUUCCGCGUGGAACAGUUGGUGGAAUACGUGAAAAGAUCGCAAAUUGGAUGAGACUAAUUUAUUCUGAUAAGAAUUCUAGGAAUUUAUUCAUGUUCCUUCUUCUAAAUUUGUCCUUUGCGUUUGUUGAACUAUUCUAUGGUAUAUGGACGAAUAGUUUAGGUCUAAUAUCUGAUGCAUUCCACAUGUUCUUUGAUUGCACGGGUUUGGUAGCCGGCUUGGCAGCCUCCUUAGUCUCAAAAUGGCGUGCCAAUGAAAGAUAUUCAUAUGGAUAUGCAAGAGCUGAAGUGCUGGCUGGAUUUGUAAAUGGAUUGUUCCUGUUAUUUAUAGCAUUUUUCAUUAUGAGUGAGGCUGUAGAAAGAGCUAUUGAGCCACCUGAGGUGAAACAUGAACGUCUCCUGUUGGUGUCAAUAUUGGGUUUCCUAGUGAAUAUGGUGGGCAUAUACGCCUUCCACCACGGGCACGGACAUGGCCACGGUGGGCACGGACACUCCCACGGUGGGCAUGGCCACUCACACAACCACCACGGCCAUUCACACGAUGACGACACCGAGGCGCCCACCGGUGCCGGGUCAGCCAUCAUGCGAGGAGUCUUCCUCCACGUGUUAGCAGACACGUUGGGCUCUGUUGGUGUUAUCAUCUCAGCCAUACUUAUGAAGACAUUCGGCUGGAUGAGAGCUGAUCCAAUCUGCUCCAUGGCUAUAGCUCUCCUCAUAGCCGCUAGUGUGAUACCCUUAGUGCGUGACUCCGCGGGCGUGCUGAUGCAACGGACUCCUACCUCGCUAGAGCGCGCCCUUCCUAACUUGUACACGCGCGUGGUCGGCCUGGCCGGCGUGCACGCCGUGCACGAGCCGCACUUCUGGACUUUGUGUAGUGACGUCCACGUCGGUGCACUUAAAAUAGAAGUAGCCAAGGAAGUGGACCCUAGGUACGUGACUGAGCAAACGGCGCGGAUCUUCCGCGAGGCCGGCGUCAAACACCUCACGGUGCAACUAGACUACUACCCACUCUGAUGAUCACAAACGUACACAUGACCACCCAGUGGUCCCGUGUCCUCUAGAAAUAAGUUAAUUAAAUGUACUGUGCAAUUAUGAUUUCGGUGGGA